UCUACAAAUAGCUCUUAAGUAGCCCUGAGAGCACAGUCCUGGUUUCUGCCUUGAACAGAAGCUGCUGCACUCCAGGAGAGCAGAGACAAGCAAGGUUUUUGAUACCGUCUUACUCCUUGAGAAUGGCCUCAGUUGCUCCAUCACGUGAUCCAAGUUUGGAUGCUGAAUGGGAGGAAUGGAAGAGGAAAUUUGAAAAAACCUACAGCCAGGAUGAAGAAGGAUACAGAAGGGCACUGUGGGAGGCGAAUAAGAAAAAAAUUGACGAGCACAAUGCGGAAUAUGAGCAGGGCAAGGUCAGCUACUCUAUGGGCCUCAAUCAAUUUAGUGACAUGACAAACGAAGAAUCAAAUAAAAUUUGCUGUGGAAGGAUGAAGUAUACAGAGGAGCCACCUAAAUUUGAGAAUUUAGAAGAGAACCGCUAAGUCACACUGGCGAUGGAUUAGGAGCUUCUGUCCAAGAUGUGAGCAGCAUGGUGCUAAGGAGAAUGGACUGGGGGAAAGAAGGAGCAGGAGAGGUCCUCUCCAUCACUUUGUGGAAUAAAAAGGUGAAUUCACUGAAUGCCAACACUGUGAUGUGAAUUAUCAGUCAUAUUCUCACUAAUAAAUCACUACAUUUUUUUA